GCUGGUUCCAAUCUCACAGUCACACUGUCUUCAGGUUGAACUUCAACAUCACUCUGCACCAACGACUGAAGAACCAAAAACAGUCCAAAGAGCAAGAUGCAGCGUUUUAGGGAGGGCAUUCAUAUACGUACCAUGAAAGCCAAGAGGAAAGUGGAGGAGAUUUCCAAAGAGGACGUCCAGGCUUUCCUCAAGAAGAAUGCCUUUGUGCUCUUCACAGUCGGGGCAGUCAUAGUGGGUAUUGUUCUGGGCUUCGCGCUACGGCCCUAUAAGAUGUCCUAUCGAGAAAUAAAGUACUUCUCUUUCCCCGGAGAGCUGUUAAUGAGAAUGCUUCAGAUGCUUGUUCUGCCCUUACUGAUCUCCAGUCUAAUUACAGGAAUGGCUGCUCUGGACAGCAAAGCCUCAGGAAAGAUGGGCAUGAGAGCCGUGAUUUACUACAUGACCACGACCUUUAUCGCCGUUUUCAUCGGUAUCAUAAUCGUCCUCAUCAUUCACCCAGGAAAAGGAUCGAAAGAUGAGUUCGGAAAGCAGCAGUCAAUAGAGCAAGUCAGUCCUGCUGAUGCCUUCUUAGAUCUGAUCAGAAACAUGUUUCCUCCAAACUUGGUCCAAGCAUGCACCCAGCAGUUCAAAACCAAAUAUGGAAAGCGAGCAGUCCAUGUAACUGUGACAGUGAACGACACCCUCUUCAACUCCACCAAUGGAACCCAGGAGGUCACGGAGAUCACCCGGGAGGAAGUGAUCCCAGUGCCGGGUCAGGUGAAUGGUGUCAAUGCCCUGGGGCUGGUGGUCUUUUCCAUGUGCUUUGGUCUAAUUAUUGGUAACAUGAAGGAGCAGGGCCAGCUCCUGAGGGAUUUCUUUGACAGCCUCAAUGAAGCUAUCAUGCGUCUAGUUGCUAUCAUCAUGUGGUAUGCUCCUAUCGGAAUCCUGUUCCUAAUUGCAGGAAAGAUCGUGGAGAUGGAUGACCUAACACAGAUGGGUGGACAGCUGGGCAUGUACACCAUCACGGUUAUCAUUGGCUUGCUGAUCCACGCUGUUCUUAUUCUUCCCACUCUGUAUUUUGUAAUCACUCGACAGAAUCCCUUUAUUUUCAUCGCUGGACUUUUGCAAGCUCUGGUAACAGCUCUGGGGACCUCGUCCAGCUCAGCAACUCUCCCUGUCACCUUUAAAUGUCUGGAGGAGAACAACAGAAUCGACAAGCGGAUCACACGCUUUGUCUUGCCUGUUGGCGCUACCAUCAACAUGGACGGAACAGCUCUGUAUGAAGCGCUGGCAGCCAUUUUCAUCGCUCAGGUCAAUAAUAUGGAGAUGAACUUUGGUCAGAUUAUCACUAUAAGUAUCACAGCGACUGCAGCUAGUAUCGGAGCUGCUGGCAUCCCUCAGGCUGGUCUGGUUACCAUGGUGAUUGUCCUGACCUCUGUUGGACUUCCUACUGAUGACAUCACUCUCAUCAUUGCAGUUGACUGGUUCCUUGACCGUCUUCGUACCACUACCAACGUGUUGGGGGAUUCAAUCGGAGCUGGUAUUGUAGAGUUCCUUUCUCGACACGAGCUUCGCACCAGAGACGUGGAGAUGGGAAACUCUGUGCUGGAAGAGAAGGAGAGGAAGAAACCUUAUAAGCUCAUCUCUCAGGAUAGUGAUUUUGAAAAUGAUAAACGUGUGCACAGUGAAUCAAACAUGUAGUUUAUUCCUCCAAAAACAUACAUACAUGUAUUGUUUUUCCACAGUAUAGGGGACGAGUUGUUUUAACACUGCAAUAUUAAUACUUUUUUUGUCAAAACUUAGAAUUAUUACAUUUUUUGUAACAUCUGUAUGUGUCUGUCAUGUAAAUUGUAAAUUGUGGUUGAGUCCAUUUUGUAUAUUUACAGUUUUAAAUAUUCUUCAAAAUAUUCAUAUUAGGUGAGUGAAUGAUCAAUGACUAGAAUGAAAGAGGUGAAAUAAACCACAGCUUUGAAAGUAGAAACAGGAUGUAAAGUAGGAAGAGGAAAUAAACUGUUGGGAAGAUGUUACUGUGGAUAUCUAUAGAUAUUAUUUAAUCAGAGUUUUACAUUUUCUCUCCAAGACAUGCUUAACUUAAAUAAAAAUUACACUUUAUAACAGAUAUUUCUAUAUGGUCCCAACAUAAUCUGUUUAACUUUGUGGUAAUAAUGGUUGUGUUUUUAUGUACCUCACUGUCCCUUUAACCACAUUCAGUAUUAAUAUUCACAUUAUGACUGUGUCUUUCUACCAGUGUUGUUCAUGUACAUACGAAACCUGUAAGGUUGUGUGUUAAAUACAGUUCUGGGAAAAAAAACAUUAGGAGACCAUUGACUUUACUAUGUAUAGGUAUAUGUUUGAGAAAAAUUGAUGUUUGUAUUUAUUCUAGAAAUUACUUAUAACAUUUCCUCUAAAUUCCAGACAAAAAUAUUUUCAUUUGGUGCAUUUGUAGAAAAUGACAGCUAGUUAAAUGUUUACAGACUUUGAACAAUGCAGAGAAACUUAUUUCAUACUCAUUUUCAAUGACAAAACACUGACGCUGUAACUAAAGAACAGCUCAAAAUUCAAUAUUUGGUGGAAUAACCCUGGUUUUCAUGUGUUUUGGAGUUAUCUACAGCAUUAUCUAUGUGUUUCACAUUGCUGUUGGUGCUUUAUGCCAUUCCUUGUGCAAAUAUGCAAGAAGCUCAGCUUUAACGGAUUGUAAGAAUCACCUUCUUUCUGAUCACACUCAGAGGUUUGCAGUGGGGUUCAGGUUUCAGUUUUCCUCCCAGAACUUGUAAAAGGUUCUGAUCUCUUUCUGACAUUAAAUUACAAUGUGAAACAAUGAUACGGACAAGUUUUGUGAAACAGUUAAAUUAGUUUAAUAUCUAUUACACUCUCAGUGAGAUAAACUGGAAAAUUAAUGUCCUGCUUAUUUAUCUUUAAUAAUAAAAACAGGGGUUAUUUGACUGUGGUACAUGAAUUAGUCAUGACCCCUACUGCUUUUAUAUUUGAAAAUAAAAUCAUAGCGGGGUAGUCAAAUAGUUGUGUCUGAUCUACAUGCAAGUCCAUAACCACAUGUAAAUAAACCCUGUGUGUGGUUAGAAUACAGGUUAGAGGCUGCAGCCCACAGUGCAAAAAUAUGGAUGUAAUGUUUCUGUUUGCCUGUAAUGUCCUCCAAUAAUUUGACUUGUUUACUGAAGGAUAUGUGAAAUAAAUGAAUGUGUAUAUGUUUUGGAGACCAGACAGAGGUUCAUCAACACACCUUAUGCACAAUUAUUUCUAAAGCCUGAAAUGUAGCUAAACAAAUGUAAUACUGCCAAUGCCCACAUUAAUGCAAACUAUGCUAUAAAAGAGAUCUGAAUUUCAGUAAAUGGAACGUUUUCAAUACUAUGUGAAUGUUUGUGAGAUUUUAGGACACUUUGGUGCAUACUCUGAUAAUAAAUAUUGCCUCAUUGUUAUUUAGU